AUGGCAUUAGCAGCUGCUCCAGAUCCUAAUAAAUGCGCUUAUUAUUUGCCACAUUAUGCUGUAAUAAAAGAAUCUAGUAUCACAACCAAAUUAAGAGUGGUCUUUGACGGAUCCGCUCCAUCUAGCUCUGGAUUAUCUCUUAAUGAUAUUUUAUACCGAGGUCCCAAGGUUCAACCAGACUUGUUAGAUAUAUUAUUGAGGUUCAGAAUGCAUUCUAUAGUCAUAACAGCUGAUAUUGCUAAGAUGUACAGGCAAGUACUUAUACACCCUGAGGAUCGAGCGUUACAAAGAAUAUGGUACAGAGAAACUCCGGAACAGUCUUUAAAGGAAUUUGAGCUACGCACAGUCACUUAUGGUACAAAGGCUGCAUCCUUUCUUUCUACACGGUGUCUUUUGCAGCUGGCUACUGAAGUUGAAAAUCCAACUCUUAAACGUGUCAUAUCUAGUGAUUUUUAUGUUGAUGAUUUACUUACCGGUUGUGCCACUGAAGAUGCAUGUUACUCACUUUAUGAAAAUGUCAAUAAGGUUUUGGAAGCAGCUGGUUUUCCGCUGAGGAAAUGGUGUUCCAACUCUAGCACAUUGAUGUCUCGCAUUCCCACGGAUACGGAUGAUGCAACAUAUCGGUUGUCUUUAACGGAUCAAGAUACGGUUAAUACGCUUGGCUUAUCUUGGCAGCCCAGGACAGAUACAUUUCAUUUUUCCCUUGGUUCUUGGAAUCCGCCAACACACAUGACAAAACGUUCUCUUCUUUCUGAUAUUAAUCGUAUAUUUGAUCCCAUUGGACUCAUUACUCCUAUUUUAAUAAUAGGUAAGAUCUUCUUACAACAAUUAUGGUUACUAAAAUUGAGCUGGGAUUCAAUGCUGCCAUCAGACCUACAAACACGUUGGAUCAAUUUUUAUUCCAGUCUUAAAUCGUUGGACAAAUUGUCCAUUCCUCGGAAAGUCACAAUCGAUGGCGAAUCUACUAUUACAUUGCAUGGUUUCUGUGACGCUUCACAAGCAGCAUAUGGCGCUUGCGUUUACAUUCGAAAUCAAUCUCAUGAUGGAUCUAUCAUUGUCAACUUGUUAAUGUCUAAGUCCAAGGUGGCCCCCAUGCGCACAACUACCAUUCCACGUCUUGAGCUGUGCGGUGCCCUUCUUCUAUCAGAGCUCGUCGUUGAAAUUCAAGCAGAGCUGUCCACCAUAAAUAUCAAAUUUAAUUCAUCGGACAUAAUGCUAUGGACUGAUUCCUCAGUGGCGCUUGGGUGGAUCCAGUCAGCUGUCCAACUCAAGUCGUUUGUAGCUAAUCGGAUAUCACAAAUUUUGGAGAAUACUGAGGUUAAAAUGUGGCGUCAUGUUCCCACUUCUAGUAAUCCCGCGGACUUGAUAACUAGGGGAACCAACGCAGACACAUUAGCUGAUCCUAAUCAUCUCUGGUGGAAUGGACCAAGUUGGUUAGUAAAUACAGAGGCUUCAUGGCCGGCUGAAAUACCUCUUCAAGAACACCUUCCAGAGGUACGUCUAAUUAAGUUAGCACUUUUGGCUACACAUAGUGAUGCCAAUUGGAUUAUUGAUCGUUGUUCCAACUGGCGGAAGUUGAUGCGCGUAACUGGGUAUGUGCUACGAUUCACAUUCAAUUGCAGAAUACCCAAGCGUAGAAAGGAUAAUCGUCGGCUUGGCUCCUUAACUAUUGCUGAACUUGAUACAAGCCAAUUGUUUUGGUUACUACGAUCUCAGAUGCAAGAUUUUAGCUCGGAAAUAAGCUCACUGAUACGUAAAAAUGAAGUUGAUCGUCGAAGUUGUUUGAAAUCUCUAAAUCCAUUCCUUGAUGGUCAUAAGUUAAUACGUGUGGGAGGCAGAUUGGCUUAUGCUCCAAUACCUGAAAGUCAAAAGUGUCCAAUUGUUCUGUCUUCAAAAAAUCCAAUUGUUAAAAUGUUAUUUCAAUAUGAACAUGUACGAUUACUUCACAUCGGUCCUCAAGGACUCCUGGCUCACAUUCAUAGGACAUACUGGCCUAUCAGAGGCAGAAAUUUAGCUCGUCAAACUGUCCAUAAAUGUAUAAUUUGUUUUCGAUCCAAACCACUGAUGCUCCAACCUGUCAUGGCUCCUUUGCCUUCAGUUCGUGUUACCAGAUGUCAGGCAUUCGAAAAGGCUGGUGUUGACCUGUGCGGUCCUAUCAACAUUCGCAACGGUAUGAGAAAGGUCACGCCAUUGAAGCAUUACAUUGCAGUUUUUAUAUGCAUGGUUACGCGUGCGAUUCAUUUGGAGCUUGUUCGAGAUUUAUCUUCAGAUGCGUUUAUUUCUGUAUUAUUCCGGUUUAUUGCCCGCCGAGGUCAAUGUGUAAAAUUAUACAGUGACAAUGGCACUAACUUCAUAGGCGCAAAAAAGAUACUCUCAUCAUGGGCACUUAAUUUGUCUAAAGAAAAUAAAUUCAAUGAUCAACUGUCAGAAUUGGGCAUUGAAUGGCAAUUUAUUCCUCCGUCAGCUCCGCAUUUUGGCGGACUGUGGGAGUCUGCGGUUAAAUCGGCAAAACAACAUCUUGUCAAAUCCAGUAAUGGUGCUCUUUUAACUUAUGAGGAAACUAGUACAUUGUUGUAG